GGCGGCGGCGUCCCCUCCUCGCCCGGCUCCUCCUGUGGCGCGGCGGGCUGUGCGGACAUGGCCGCGGCGGUGGCGGUGGCGGCCGCGUCUCGGCGCCAGUCGUGCUAUCUGUGUGACCUGCCCCGCAUGCCCUGGGCCAUGAUCUGGGACUUCACGGAGCCCGUGUGCCGCGGCUGCGUCAACUACGAGGGCGCCGACCGCGUGGAGUUCGUCAUCGAGACGGCGCGCCAGCUGAAGCGUGCUCACGGCUGCUUCUCCGAGGGCCGCUCCCCGACCGGCGCUCAACCCUCGACCGCCAAGCCACCGCCACUGUCGGCCAAGGACCUAUUGCUGCAGCCGCCGCCGCAGCUGGGCCACGCGGGCUCCGAGGCCGCGCGCGCUCAGGCCAUGGAGCGCUACCCGCUGGCGCCGGAUCGGGCUCCGCGCCUGGCCUCUGACUUUGGCUCGCGUGCGGGUGCGGGCCUCCCGCAGUCGGCCGCGCCGCAGCCCGCGCCGGCGAACGGCAUCCUGGUGCCCAACGGCUUCUCCAAGCUGGAGGAGCCGCCCGAGCUGAAUCGUCAGAGCCCGAACCCGCGGCGCGCACACGCCGUGCCGCCCACCUUAGUGCCUCUGGUGAACGGCUCCGCCGCACUGGGGCUGAGCGGCCGUGCCGCGGCCACAUUGGCCGCGGUGAGCGGGACACCGGGCCUGGGCGCCCAGCCCGCCGAGCUGGGCACCCAUAAACGGCCGGCGUCGGUGUCGGGCGCGGCGGAGCACGAGGCUCGUGAGCCGAGCAAGGAGAAGGCACAGCCCGCGCACCGAAGCCCAGCCGACAGCUUAUCCGGCACUUCUGGGGCGAGCGAGCUGGGCGCCGACGGUGCAGGCAAGGGUCGAGCGUCAGGGGAGCAGGACUGGGCCAGCAGGCCUAAGACGGUGCGCGACACGCUACUGGCGCUGCACCAGCACGGCCACUCGGGGCCCUUCGAGAGCAAGUUCAAGAAGGAGCCGGCCCUGACUGCAGGCAGGUUGUUGGGUUUCGAGGCCAACGGGGCCAACGGGUCUAAAGCAGUUGCAAGAACAGCAAGGAAAAGGAAGCCUUCUCCAGAACCGGAAGGGGAAGUCGGACCCCCUAAGAUCAAUGGCGAGGCUCAGCCUUGGCUGUCCACUUCCACAGAAGCGCUCAAGAUCCCCAUCACCCCUACAUCCUCUUUUGUGUCUCCACCACCCCCUACUGCCUCUCCUCAUUCCAACCGGACCACACCGCCUGAAGCGGCUCAGAAUGGCCAGUCCCCCAUGGCAGCCCUGAUUUUAGUAGCAGACAAUGCCGGGGGCAGUCACGCUUCGAAAGAUGCCACCCAGGUUCACUCCACCACCAGGAGGAACAGCAGCAGCCCGCCUUCUCCCUCCUCUAUGAACCAAAGAAGGCUUGGCCCCAGAGAGGUGGGGGGCCAGGCCACCGGCGGCACAGGAGGACUGGAGCCGGUGCACCCUGCCAGCCUCCCAGACUCCUCCCUGGCAGCCAGCGCCCCGCUAUGCUGCACCCUCUGCCACGAGCGGCUGGAGGAUACUCAUUUUGUGCAGUGCCCGUCUGUCCCAUCGCACAAGUUCUGUUUCCCUUGCUCCAGACAAAGCAUUAAACAGCAGGGCGCUAGCGGAGAGGUCUAUUGUCCAAGCGGGGAGAAGUGCCCUCUGGUGGGCUCCAAUGUCCCCUGGGCCUUCAUGCAAGGAGAGAUUGCUACCAUCCUCGCUGGAGAUGUGAAAGUGAAAAAGGAGAGAGACUCGUGACUUUCUGCAUUCAGAAAAGCCCACGGCUACCCUUAACUCAAACUUCUUGAACUGUAUAUAAAUCUCCAUAUAUAUAUAUAUAUAUAUAUAUAAAUAUAUAUAUCCAAGACAAGGGAAAUGUAGACUUCAUAAACAUGGCUGUAUAAUUUUGAUUUUUUGAAUACAUUGUGUUUCUAUAUUUUUUUUGACGACAAAAGGUAUGUACUUUAAAAGGCAUUUUCUUCUUUUGUUAACGUUAUUAGGCUGUCUGUGCUUGACUCUCCUGGUGACAGUUGCUGUUCUACGUAGGCUGCGACUUGGCUGCUUUUUUUUUUUUUUUUAAAGAGCACUUGGCAAACAAAUGCUUCUAGCCGUAUUUGUAUGCACUUAUUUUAAAAAAGAAAAAAAGCCAAAUACAUUUUUCUGACAUUGUAAGAUUGCCUUACUGUCUGUCAUUCCUCAUUGCUGGCCCCUCUCCCAGACUGGAGGGAAGUGAGGGAAUAGGGAGCACUCCUUGUCAGAAGGGCACGCUCCUGGGCAUGUGACCCACCUAGCAGGCCCUGUGGGACGGUGGGGAGAUGGGGAUUGAAUCUUGUCUUGUUAAUGGUUCAGUUCUUGCGAUACUGAUAGUCAGAGGUGCUGCUGAAAGAUUUGCUGGAUUGUGUGUUUGGGAGUUUUUUGGUUUUGCUUGUUUUUUUUUUUGAAGGCAAGUUGACAGAUGUACACUCUGCCCAUGUGACCGGUUGUAAGAUGUCAAUGCUGCAUGCUCGCUCGGUUGCCUCGCUGGUGUUCCCAGCUGUAGAAAUAGUUGUACGGGGUGGUGUGCAAGUAAGAUGGCUUUGCUGCCCUUUUACAGCGGAGCCUGACUCGGCAGCGCCCCUCAGCCUUUCCCAACACUGUUGCUGCUGCAGGCCGGGCGAACUCUCGGGAUUGGUUUCUUUUCUGUCUUGCUUGUGUUUUGCUGUUCUGGUUUGUUCCUUUCCUUUGCCUGUCCUGUUCUUGUGGCCAUUGCUGUUGUCACUAUCCAUCCCUACACCCUGUUGUAACGAGUGCUUACUGCAGUGUGUCCAUUGACGGUUAGCAGCCCUGGGUGCUUCGAGGAGGGCCCGUGGGCAUGUGAGUGGUGGGUGGAGGAAGCCUGCAGUUUCCUUCUUAGAUGUGUCUGAAAUUAUAAGUCAAUAAUACUGUUCUGGAAAAUGACAAGCUAGUGAAAGCUACAAACAUGAAGGGUUUUUACAUAAUCAAGCCCCACCUCUCCAACUAUUUUUAGAAGCCUUUUGUAAACUAAUUUCUUUUGAUCACUGUUUUGUGUUGGUGAAGUGAUUGUUUUUUUAAUGUAAACAACAGGUCAUUAGUUACUAGUAGUGGUUGCCCCUUAGUGAUGCUGGGUUUUGUGGUCCUCCCCCCCACCUUUGUGCUGUUUUAGUUUAAUGUCAACAGGAACACACUACCCUAAUGUGCAGGUGUUUGUAACUUGGCCUUGUAGGCUCAAUCAUGGCUUCUAAGUCUACUAUGGUUUGUGUUUUUUUUUUCCUUUUUUUUUCUCACAGCCUGGAUUCUAUUUUAAUUUGAGAACGUAGCUUAUCACCAGCCUGGGAUCAUUUCUAGUUACUUGAUCUUUUUUUUUUUUAAGGUGGUUUCUUUAGUAGUCAAGUUACUAAUGCUUGAAAACCAGUGACACUGCACCACAUACAGUAUUUCUUAUUGUGUUUUUCGUGAGUGCACCUCAUCCUCCAGGUUCUUGUUACCAGUCAUUGUGAUGUUACAGACAGGCAUGCGUGGUAGACCAGUUGAUUGUUACUGUGACUCAGAUCCUACUGGUCUCUGAGGCGGAUACACACACACACACACACACACACACACAAAACAGAGUCAGUUUCACCUACCGUAAAGACAUUUGUGAAGGACCCAACUGUUAUGGUCUGUAUAAAUGUGUUUCUAAGCACUUUAUUAUAAACUGGAAUUUGACCUCAUAGAUGUUACAACUAGAUUAGUCAUUUGACCUAAUUUGCCGUGGCUGUAUCUUUUGCAAUCUCAACACAGAUAAGCUCUCCAAAAACAUGAAUAGAGAACCAUCCUGUCGAAUGGGACAAGUCUGUCCAGCUGCGGAAAGGGCCACCUGUGGUUUCUCUGUGCUAGUGGCAAAGGAGGCAAAACUUGACCUGUUUUAAAGGGGGUGCACUUUGAGAUUAAAGGGCCUGUGUGCAUCUGCCCAGCCUUGGAUGGCCUUCAGACUUGUGUUGUUCUGUCAGGAGUGGGGUGGGGUGAGUUGAGAGUCUUUCUCUGGCCUACUCUAAAACCAUUCACGUGGGGACCUGGUUUGAUCUUUUCUUGUCCUUGAUGACGUUUGUGGAUGUUGUCCACAGCUGGGUAGAUUACAUCAGACUCCCAACACUAUUCCAGCCGUGGUUCUGAUACUCAGAAUAUUAGGGGAUGGGGUGUCAGCAGUCCCUUUUUUGCUUUAACAAAUUAUAGAAUUUAACAGAUAUAAGUAGUGUCUUUCAUGUGGCCUCACUCUGAAGUUACAAGAACCUACACAUGGUUUACAGCUUUUCUAUGUAUCUUUUCCUGGCCACCAAGUAUUUUGAAAGUGUGCCACCUUUUAACCUUUGCUUUUUUAAGUUGAAGGUGAUAAUUUUUCUAUAUAUGAUGAAACUCAUGUCUACUGAAAUAAGUGUAAUCUUAGCUAUCUAUCAACAUUAUAUUUUAAAACCAUGCUAUGGAAAUACCACCUGCGUUCUGUCAUUUGUCAGAUUUACAGUACGGUUUUUUUUUUCUUUUAGCAUUAAAUAAAAAUAAAAUUGGGAGCACUGAA